UCUUAUUCGUACAAGGCUAUGUGCAUUCACUACCUUGUUUUAAAAAGUGAUUGUCAACAAAAACAAUCGACAUGCUUAUGGACAAAAAAUAUAUUCGAUUCCGUAUUUUUCAACUAGACGAACUAAGGUGCAUUAACUUUAAUUAGGUACAUUUAGCUCAAUGGCCAAAAACUCAAGAUCAACAAGUAGCGCCUGCCGCGCGCGGCGAUCCGGCCGGCAUGCGCGAGUGCCGUUCACAGCAGCGCAGGCGGCGGCGCUGGAGGCCGCCUACGCUCGGGCUCCUUACCUCGCUCCCCCUGCAUUGCGUGCCUUAGCAGCAGCUCUUCAACUAAGGGAUGACAGGAUAAAAAUUUGGUUUCAAAAUAGAAGAGCUCGUGAAAGACGAGAGAAAACUACCACUAUCGCUCCACCAAGUUCGGUGACUCUGCCCGCGACACCACGCGUCCACCCUCCGCAAACUCGAUGGAUACCGUAUACAAAUACCAUUCACUCCACACCUAGAGAUUUCUUAACUGAUAAUUCUACACAUGAAGAUGCAGCGAUAGACAGUGGAAUGGCUUAUGAUUUGACCGUCACACCUUUACCUUUUCAUUCUCAGUCGAGAAGUCCAUCGAACGAUAGUGAAAGGUCAGAAACGCCUCUUGAUAUAGAAAGUAUUGACGAAUGAAACCAAAUACGAACUGCCUAUUUAUAUACGUAUGAAAAGUAUAUGAAAGGGAAGGGCUACAACAUAAAAUUAUUCAUCAGUUUAUUGGCCUUCGCCUAUUUAUGCUACGAUGCCUGGGGUCCGCCUCCAAUCAAAAAUAGGGUGCAAGCACACAAAUUUAAGAGAAAGAAUAUAUUUCUUCGCUCUGUUUAGGUAUAGUAUGAUAGUAUUCAAACGAUACUGGAUGACAUAAUGCAGGUCAUACGCAAUCGGUUUCUGAGUAAUAAUGGAGAUAAAUAAUAAUCGGCACGCGAUUAGGAUGGAUGAGUCUAUCAAAUUAAAUUAUAAAUAAUGUAUACAAUUUUGCUUGACAACGUAGAUAAAAUUUAUGCUGCUGAUUACUUGGAACUGUAAUUAAUUAACUUUGAUCAAAGAAGACACAGCUGAAACAAAAUUCCUGAAUAACCAGUCAUGUGCGAUUAACCUAUGUUUUUAAUAAUUUCUGUGAUAAAGAUAUUGUGUCAUUUUAUAUUGAAAU